AUGGAUGAAUACGAAUAUGAUUAUCUCGAGACAGGUCAGGAGCACUUGGGUGAUAGCACCUCUAUCGCAGGCGUCAAAACAGAGCAAGACAAUCUGCCUGCUGUAGAUGCCGUGCACAACUACAAUAAGCCUCGCACAUCUAUCCCGAAUGAAGUAGAUGAUGUAAGUAACCGGCUCGGUAGAGUGUCGCUAUCAUCAAAUGAUUCCAUCGAUGAUUUCAACUACGAUUAUACCUCCAGCAUGCCCUCGAGUAUCACCACGGGGACGCAGGCCACAGCCUUGUCCUUAACCAGCGCACGAUACACACAUCGACCAUACAAGGGUAGCCACAUCCAACGAGAACCCCCGGUUCAGACUCCAGAGUUGCGGGACACAUCCUCGUCCGGAAACCAGUCUCAGUAUACGGCCUACACACCAAGCACCAAUUACACCCAGAUGCACCAGUACGGGUACCCAGGCUUAGGGAACAAUUAUACUCAGCAGCCCCAGUAUGUGCAUCAAGAACUUGGAGCCGACUAUGUCCGAGAGCCUCAGUAUGGGUACCAAGAUACCGGCUCCGGUUAUAUCCAACAGUCUCCGUAUACGUUCGCAGCAACUGGAGCAUUUUUUAGCCAGAACGUAUACAGUGUACAAACCAAAGGAAUGGAAAACGAUACCCCCCAUAUAUCCAACCACGAGAGAUCCGGAUCGUAUACUAAUUCGGGUGAUGUUUACCCACAGCCAGGUCUGAGUGCUUACACUUCCAGCUAUUACGAACACUCAAAGCAACAGUCCAUCACCGUCGGUGUUGUCAAUCCUUAUGAUGAAAACCAGCAACGGCCAUUUGCAUCUGGGCCAGUGCCGUCAUCGUCCACAUGGGAUCCAGGCUACGUCGCGGAUUUCGACUCGAACGAGAAACUGCAAGGGCUUAAAUACCCUAUUGAAGAUGGAGAUGACGAGCUGUUGGGCGAUCUAGCCGACCAGCAGAUGACAUCAGGCAAUAAUAUGCCAGGCAAGAUUUGA